AUGUCACUCUCGGGGCUAUCGGCAUCACCCCCGGUCUCAGGCCUGUCGAAGAUGUUCGAGUUCGAGUUCACAGCACACGACGAUGCAGUCAUCACUGGUCAGGCGUUCACAUCGCUCCUAGAGGCGAUACAGAAGGUGCUACUCGCGAGACCAUCGCCCGGAUUCAUCGCGCGGUUGAACGUCCUGUUUGCCCUGGAAGGCUUGUGAGUGACCACUGACGGGCGACGGCGCCAACCACCGAGUUCCCCAGGCACGCGGUGUCAGGGCCGACGGAGCGCUCUCCGAUCACUGCGAUUCCGAGGUUCCCAAGUUGGCUGAUUUACAGACCCCACUCAAUCCGUGCGAGCACUACAGCUGUAUCGCGAGCGGGCUGGUAUGGUAAUAGUGAGCGGACGAUCAGAGAAAGGGGGGGGGGGGCGAUUGCUAUCGAAGCGCAGAGACCGAGAUGCCGAAACCGAGAAACACGCAGAUAAUGAAACCGAGAAUGAUAGAUUCGCAGAAAUGUCCUCUUCCAAGCGGUCCUCCCCUCCGAAAGUCGCCUCCCUCCAAAGUCGGUCUGAGUCGUGUCUAGUCUAGUGGUCUCUCUCCGAACAAGAAGCGAGUCUUCCCUCCAACGCCAGGACACUCCAUUCCCCCCGGGCCAGCUUCCUCCUCUUUUCCGACACUCGGCCUUCUGAUCACGCCAUACUUCGUCCUGAUCACGCCAUUCCUUGCUCCUGUCACACGGUCCCUUGCUCUGAACUUUUAUCCGCUCAUGUGACGCUAGGCCGAGUUAGCCGAAUCUGCGCUUCCCGACUAAGCGACUCCAACCCGAUUUCCGAGACCACCGAAUUAGCCGACGCCCGCGUGAGUCGACUACCCUAAUGCAGCCGACAAGAUCGGGAGUCCCAUCUCAUUUCCGACAACAGGAGCCUCAUUUCCGACUUUGCUGCACACGACGGGAUCCCGAGUACCACACUGGCCUAUCUUGUCAUCACCUUCAUCGAUUAUCAGCGACGAGCAAAGACAUUCUGGCUCUGGCGGUUCGUCCAUCGUCCCAGGGGCCGGUUUAUCGUCGGCAAGUGAGUCCUUCUCGAGGCUUGACCUGUGAUAUUCGAAGUCUCCCCUCCCGUUGCACCAGUCUAACUUUUCUCUGUCUUGCUAUCUUCCUUGUGAUCGUGUUCUCUCAGCCAACACGUCUUGUUCACAUUGCUGGGGACAAUCGGCUGCCUCGUCUUGGUCGGGUACACGUACGACGCGCGCAUUACAUUGGGUGCAGCACAACGAGAAGAGGACAACGCUUUCUACUGGAGGACCAUGCUAUAGUCAGUUGUUUCACACAAGUGCUCGUGAGAGCAAAAUGCUGAUCAAGUCUCCUCUGACCCUUCCACAGUGUGCCAAUGUGAGUCGCCCGGUCGCCUCGCACCUAACCCCCUGAUCUGUUGCGCCCCCUGGAUUCUGACCUCAUCCUCACUCGAAUCCUUUCGGCAGCAUCAUCCACGGAUGGGUCUCAUCGUUUGCCAACCUUCAAGCGAGUCUCCUCUCGUCGCAAAAGGUCUUGAACAAGCAUACCCUACCGCCUCGGUGGCUAAACGCAAUCUACACCGGAGGACUGACUAUACUGCUCGUGGUCUCGAUCGUAAGCCCUGCACCACUGGACAUGCUGUUUUCAACUCGUAGCGACGGGACAGACUGACUCAUCCUCGAAUUGUGAUGCGAUAGACGCUCAAUGUGCACGCCUCACGAGCGUGGGCUGGGGUUUGGCGAUCCGGACUCAUCAUUUCAAAGACCUUGAUGUUGGGUGAGCAAGAAGUUGCGGUCGGGGACCUUGAUCCCAGCCUGGUCGAGUUGGCCCGGACCGAAGUCUACAAUCUAGACAGUCACAUCACCUUCUUCGACCGGGCCGAGAAGGCCGUCGGAGGGUGCUACAUCGUCACGAUGGCCUGUCUGAUAGCGAUCAACGUCAUCGGUUUGUCGCUCGUACUCACUCUGCGGCGCCAGAUCUCGUUCAACACCCAGCGCUUUGCGGCCGAGGUCAAGACGAACGCGAGGAUGUCGGCCGCCCACACAGGGGACGCGACAGGAGCGAUGGAGAUGGGGGUUACGACUGCAGAUGAUAUCCAGGGGCAAGGCAUUCGGACUUUUCAAAGGUCGCGAAGCGACGUGCGCCAGCAAGCGUCAGGCGAGCCCAUCUUAGUCGCCUUUUCCAGCGGGAUUCACUCUGAGGACCCCAGCAAAGGCCCGGAGAGUGCUGAGCAGACAGAUUGGGCGGAUGAUAUCACGAGGUCCACAACAUCUCAAAUGAAUGACAUCGUCAAACCGGGAGGCGAACUUCCGAUGUACAGCCGACCCCAGCCCGUCAGUCACAUGUCGGCGACCAAGACCAAAAAGGCGGCCUCCGCCAAGAAGACGGGCGCGUCAUCAAAGGUGCUUCAAGAGCAAGCUCAGAACCUUCUCGCCAUCAAGAAGAUAGAGUCCGACGUGAUUGUGCUCAUUGGCGCCAUUACAAUCCUCGCCUCCAUCCUUCUUGCCGUCGGGGUAUGGAUCGCAAUCGGGCAUUCGCACAUCUACCGCCACUGGAUCAGCAUCGAGUUUUCGCUCUUCCUGUUCCCCUGGGCCUACGUCGUUACCUUGGCACUUGCGCAUAGUGCACUUCUCUACACCGCCGUCAAGCAUCUCACACCACCAUCCGAAGCGAGCAUGACGUGUCGGCAAGCUCUGCACCCGGCGAACUGGAAAUGGCUUGCGAGGGAAACGGUCUCUGGCCUGACAUCGAUCACGGGGGACAAGAUCGAUGUCCCAUCGCCUGGUAAUACUGUUGCGCAGAUCGCCGUGCGGACAACUGUGGAGGUGCAUGAAGAUCGAAAUGAGGAUCAUAAUGAGCGAACCCAUGAGUGUGGCGCGCCGGUGGUGCCUGGGAGCGGUCAAAGCUUUGCUACGCAUAGAUGUCUCAAGCACUGGUAG